UCCCUCGGAGAGCUCGCAUCUUAAGCCGGCACGGGAGCCGCCGCGCCUCAGUCCCCCCGACGCCGACUCGCACGCCUCAGGCCUCGAGCCGCCCGGCCGGCCCGCGGCUCCCCGCGCCCUCCCGCGAGUCCCGGGGCCGCCCCACGCCCCUCUUCUCGGCGCGCGUCAUGGCUCCCCCCCAGGCCCUUGCGUUCGGGCUCCUGCUCGCGGCGGCGACGGUGACAGUGGUUGCGGCUCAGCAAGAAUGUAUCUGUGAAAACUACAAGCUGUCCACAGACUGCUUUUUGAACGUACAUGGUCAGUGCCAGUGUACUUCAAUUGGUACACAAAAUACUGUCAUUUGCUCAAAACUGGCUUCCAAAUGUUUGGUGAUGAAGGCAGAAAUGACUGGCUCAAAGUCUGGGAGAAGAGUGAAACCUGAAGGGGCUCUGCAGAACAAUGACGGGCUUUAUGACCCCGACUGCGAUGAGCAGGGGUUCUUUAAAGCCAAGCAGUGCAAUGGCACUGCCACAUGCUGGUGUGUGAACACUGCUGGGGUCAGAAGAACUGACAAGGACAGUGAAAUAACCUGCUCCGAACGAGUGAGGACCUACUGGAUCAUCAUUGAACUAAAACACAAAGCAAGAGAAAAACCUUAUGAUGUUCAAAGUUUGCAGAAUGCGCUUCAGCAGACACUCACAACUCGUUAUCACCUGGAUCCAAAAUACAUCACAAAUAUUCUGUAUGAGAAUAAUGUUAUCACUAUUGAUCUGAUACAAAAUUCUACUCAGAAAACUCGUAAUGAUGUGGACAUAGCUGAUGUGGCUUAUUAUUUUGAAAAAGAUCUUAAAGGUGAAUCCUUGUUCCAUUCUUCUAAGCAAAUGGACUUGAGAGUAAAUGGGGAACAACUGGACCUGGAUCCUGGUCAAACUUUAAUUUACUAUGUUGAUGAAAAACCACCAGAAUUUUCAAUGCAGGGUCUAAAAGCUGGUGUUAUUGCUGUCAUUGUGGUUGUGACAAUAGCAAUUAUUGCUGGAGUUGUUGUGCUGGUUAUUUCCAGAAAGAAGAGAAUGGCAAAGUAUCAGAAGGCUGAGAUAAAGGAGAUGGGUGAGAUGCAUCGAGAACUUAAUUCAUAACUGUCACUUGAAGAUUAAAUACAAGAAGGGAAGUUAGCAAACAGCCUCAGAUUACAAAUGUGUGAACAUGGGACAAAGAGAAGAUCUUGGAGGAUUACUGUUUUGUUAGUUAACAUCAUAUAUUUGCAAUAGUGAAGUCUGUACUCAGAAUAUAAGCAGCAUAAAAUUGACUUUACCAAUCUUAAAAUUUGACCACAAGUGUCUUAUAUAUGCAGAUGUAAUAGAAAACCCAGAACUUGGACUCCAUAGUUAAAAUUAUUUAUGCAUAACAUUGAAGAGUAUGCAUUAGAUAUGCUUCCACAGUAGAGUUUGAAUGACUACUGACUCAUUUGUGAUUGAAAGCUGCCUUUCUAUUUGAGUCUUGUACAUAUAAACUUUUUUUAUGAACUUUGAAAUAAAACAUUUAAAACCAAA